AUGCAAGACGCCACCUCCCAGAUGACGGCAUUGAGCACUGCUUACCCAGCGCCAUCUCCUGGCUUGGGAGGUCUUUGUUUACCAGGAGUGUCGUGCCGUGGUCAGUCUACCAGCCCGCCGCAAGGACGGGAAGUCGUCUUCGCGCCUCCGACUGCCAUGGCCACGCCAGAGACAUGUCCACAGGCAGCCGUGCCCGGUCCAAGCCAAGUUACGAGGGAGGACUGUGAGGCUCAGCUUCCGGGUGCAACAAGCCAUCUGGAGGUUCAGGCUCCGCCAACACUCGCAAUUCGUUCCAGACAGGCCAACGCUCCGCCUGUCACGAUCGGCAUUCCCAUCCCCAGCAGACGAGACGUGGAACAGGUGAACUAUGUGACGGAGACCGUCACCACGCCUGAAAAAAAGGGGAGGCGGGCUCCAGGUCCUGUACCACUUCUCAGCUUCAAAUCCAACGCGUCUCUCAGCAGUGAGAGGGGCGUUGCGCCAUACUCCCGAUCCAAGUCUUCCGGUGCAUUGUCAGGUGAAAUUCCACAUGCAACCCCCACAUCAUCGUUUUCGUCCGUCAACUCCACUUUCGUUUCCAAGCAAAUGACAUCGACAUCCUUCCGUUGGGCACCAGGAGAUGCCCUGGUGCACUGCUGGCACAGGAAGCUGAGCGACACGUACCAGGACUACAACAUGGUUAACCUCGUGGGAGAAGGAAGAAAUGGUGCGGUCUUCAUUGUUCAGCACAAAGUCAGCGAGCAGUACUAUGCCUGCAAAGUUCUGCACAAGGCAGAGCAAGACUCCGGCGCUCUGCGGGCUGAGAUCAAGAAUCUGCGCAUGCUGGACCACCCGAAUGUUGUUCGCCUCUACGAGGUAAACGAAGAUGCCGAGGCAGUCUUUCUUCUGAUGGAGUAUUGCUGCGGCGGCGAUCUUUUCAGUCUGGUGACAGAGUCUCCGAAUGGUCAUUUAGCGGAGAACGUUGCAAGGUCUUUUGCAGAGCAAAUGCUCAUGGCCUUGGCGUACUGCCACUCCAUGGGCAUUGUUCAUCGGGAUGUGAAGCCCGAGAACUUUUUGCUAGAAGGGACCGUCGAAGAGGAUGCGGCAGGUGCCACGCUGAAACUGGCUGACUUUGGCAUCGCCACUCACAUCCGGUGUCCGGAGAGCCAGGCCGAGGGCCAGGUGAACGGUAGCGUCCCGUACAUGGCACCAGAGCUCUUCUCAAAGCGGUGGAGCUCCUUGGUGCGAGAUUCACAGGGAGAUCGGCAUGCUCUGGCUGCGAGCGAUCUGUGGAGUUGCGCCAUCGUCAUCUAUGUGAUGCUUUCGGGCGACCUGCCUUAUGGAUCGGAUGAGUACAGGAUAGCCAGCGGAGAGCCGCCGGACUUCUCCAAAGAGGUUUGGCAAACAGUCUCUCCGGAGGCCAUUGACCUCAUUAGAAAGCUGCUGCAGCCAGAAGUGGAGGAGAGAUGGACUGCACCGCAAGCUCUCCGUCACGAGUGGUUCUCAGCAAUGAAGACCACCCGGGCAUCUCCAGAGUCCUUGGGGAACAGGUCAAUCUUCACUGACCGAUCGGAAGGGCUUGGCUUCUCUCAGAGCUCCGCCGAGCUUGCUCGCACAGUGCUGCGCAGCUUGCGACGGUGGCGGCAGCAUCCAUUUCUGAGGCGAAUGGUUAUUGCCGGCAUUGCCAAGCGCAUGGAGGCUGACAAUCCCUCGCGGAAAUUCGCAGAGACUGCGUACCAAGCUUUUAAAGGAUCGCAGGACAAGCUUCGAAAUGAGCAACUUGUUCAAGUGCUGAACAGCGCAUUUUGUGGGAGCAGCCCUCCCCCAGAUGCAUCCUGUUCAUCGCUCAACACCGCCAGCAACGAGUCCUUCUUGCAGGCUGGUGAGAGCGUGCGCACAACACGUAGCAACAGCUCCAGCGGCUCUGCCUUCUCGCCCAGUGGCAGGAGCGUCACAGGCCUGUAUGUGCGUCAGCACAUGAAGCAAAGCUUCCGCAAGUUCAUGCGUCGUUUGGAUGAAGAUUCCACCCUCGGAAGCUCGCCAGUGUCGUUGUCUCCUGGCUUCCCGACGCCGGGGAGUGAGGAUUUGGUGAGCUUGACUGAGUUGGAAGUUCUGGUCGAGAAGCUGGAUGCAACAAAGAACGGUACUGUCGAUUACACCCUGUUCGUCGCCGCGCUGCUUCCGAUGGAAGUGUAUUGUGAAGAGUCUCGUGCCAUGGAGAUGUUUGGACAGCUGGACAUCACUGGUCGAGGUCUCAUCGGCCCUGAUGAUGUACAGAAAGUUCUUAGCACCUCACUUCACAAAAAGGACAACAACAUCAGACGCUUCACAGAGAUGGUCAAGGAGUUUGACCUCAAUGGUGAUGGAUAUCUGGAUCCACAGGAGUUCAGGAAGAUGCUGCGAGCAGAAGAGCCGUGGAGUGAAGGUGCUUGCACUGACAACCUCGAAGAAGCUUCAGCUUUCGGAGCCCUAGGGGCCCUGCCCACAGUUCGACGGCCUUUUUUUUUCCGCGUGUCACUGGAGAGCUUGGAGAGAUAUGGAGAGCAGGGAGAGGGACCGCCUCCUCGUCCGCCGUCGAUCCGAUGUCGCAUCAGGAACUCUGUUUCUGGAUUGGAUCGGCUUUUCCUUCUCUCAAAGCCUAUUGGACCUCGCGUAUGCACGGGUAACUGGUUUCCAGACACAGCAGCUGUAGUGCAGCUCUCUUUCACUGGCUUUGCCUGGUCAGCCAAAGUGGCAUCAAUCGCAUCAGGUAGCUGCUUUUCAAACGUCGCCACAGCUGGCUCCAAGCCGCAUCAAAUCCAGCUGACCUCCUUCGCGCCAAGUGCUCGCAUCCACCGGUGGACAAUUCCACGAAGAAGGGAAGUCACAAUGCUUGCAUCGCCCUCGGUUGCCGUCGGACUUUCGGACGAAGCCAGCAUUUACCAAACGUUUGCAGCUGCGUAUUCCACCGUUUGCCCGUGCAGUUCGGAGCUGCUGCUGGACUUCGAAAUGCCGAUGGCAAAGUUGCCACCAGAUGCCUCCGAUAGUGUUUUUGAAGCACCACACUUGGCCGCGUACAUUCGGGAAUUCAGUGGCAAGCAGCGGCAAGCAGUAGGGAGCUGUGGGAACGAGCGCUUGUUGGCGUUGCAUGCGUUUGCAACAGAGCAACUACCGACCCUGCUUCUCCAGGCAGAGAAGGCAGAUCUUGUCUGCCUGGUGCUUGGUGGAGUAAGCGCUGCGGUGAUGGACCCGAAGGCCUACUUCGCACAGUGGCAGGCAGCAGCCCAGGAUGCAGUUUUGCAACAGGCCGUGGUAUGCCAUGUUUGCAGGGAGUGGUUGCUGGAGUGUGGGCUAGUGUUGGUUCACGUGAAGCUGAGCUGCACAAAUGACUGCACCAUGUCGGAGGUGUCAUCCCUCUCUGCCGUGCGGUGUGCAGCUCACGUCAAGGAGCUUUGCUUGGGACCUUUGGCCUUGGGGCACAGCUGGGCCGCGCGGAAUUUCGCGUGGGGCGUAGGAGAAGGGCCAGAACUUCACUUCCCUCGCCCUCUGCACAAUGGCAACCAAGAGCUCAUUCAAAUUGAGGGAGGAUCUUUUCAGGUCAAAGCCUUGUGCAAGAAAAUUCAGGAGCUCCUGCACCAACCUCCGCCUGCAAUUGAUCUCAAAGACCUCUCUCGAGCAGCAAGGGCUUUAGCCAAAUUCCCAGAAGAGGCACGUGGCAAUGCCGCCAUGAGCAUGGGAGCGAUCGCCAAUUCCAUGAGUCGUCUGAGCACAAGCGAUUGGAGUGCUGACACGGCGUCCAAGCUCCUGUGGUCUUUGGCAAGAUGUGGAAACGGUGAAGAGAUUCAGAAGCACAAGCACGUCGUCUCUCACGUGGUCAAGGAGUUGGUGCGUGACAAAGGGCGUCGCAUUAAGGAGCUGUCAUAUGAUGGGCUCACGCACCUGCUUUGGGCUGUUGCGAAAGCUCGCAUCCACAAACGUGCGGGGGACAGGCAGACAGUUCAUACACAGGAAAGCGACAACUUUCUAUUCCAGCUGGCGGCAAGACGCAUAAUGGAUGAGAUUGAGCGAAUUCCUGUCACGCUUCUCGCGGAAGUCAUACAGAUUCAUCACGAAAUCGGCAUUCGCAACGAGAAACUGUUCAGAGUGAUUUGUCCCAAGAUUGUGUCAAACAAGAAGGAGCUUCGGGAUGAUCAGAUGGCAAAGUGCAUCAAGGCUUACAUGCGCUUCAUGAUCCCCUUGAAAGAGGAAGCACAGGGCUUCAGGACCAUGGCAGUUGUCCAGAAGGGCGAUUUCCUUAGGCCGUCGGACAAGCCAAAGCCGCAAGGCAAAAAGACCUUCGACAAGCCUCAGGCUGCAGCCUUGUCAACACUAGAAUAA